AUGAUCCGAGUGAUCCUUCAAGACUGUCACUUGAGGCUUCGCAAGUACCGUCAAAGGAUCGACGAAGAAAAGGAGAAGUGCUUUGAGUUCAUGAACGAGAAUGGUACCAAACUGCUCCAGCAGAGAGUGGCCGAACGAGCCCGAGACCAUAAAGCGAAACGGGAGGUAGCGCAAGUGACCGACGAAACGAAAUACCUCAUACGUCAACAGGUGUCUUCCCUCCUCAUGGCACGUCGACCACCCGACGCUUUCUCGAAGGUCAAUCUUAAGGCACUUAAAGAGUUCAGAGCCGACAUUGACCUCGUUAUCGUGCCGACGGACACGGGGGCGGUCCACUGUCGUAUUGUCCUGGCCGUCGAGACUUUCCUACUACUCCUACGAGAGAAAAACAAUGAAACGGAGAAUCGCCUCGGCUACGCUCAAAUCCUCUAG